AUGGAUAAGGUGAAGAUUGGCGAUGUAUUGGCCGCUACUUUCAAGCAAUUUCUGCAGUUUUUCUACUUUGGUCAAGUCAAGCUGACGAUGGAAAACGUCACUGCAGUGAUGAAUCUCGGUGAAAUGUACAAUGUGGCCGGGUGUAUGGCGGUUUGCAGCAAGUUCCUGAAAAAUAAUCUCAAUGAUGAUAACGUUUUUCAGAGCUAUGGAUUGGCUAUUCUCUACAAUCAACAAGAUCUAAAGCGAUCAUGUGAGACAAUUAUUGGACUCAACACAAAUGCGAUAUUCCAGUCAACUGGUUUUCUGGCUUGUAAUCAAAAGGUUUUGGCUGAAGUUUUGAAGCUGAAUUGGUUGUCAUGCACAGAGAUCGAUCUCUUCGAGUCAUGCAUGUCUUGGGUUAAUGGAACUAGCAAACAGAAUGAAUUGACUAAAGAGCUAGUGCAAGCUCAACUUUGUGAUUUGUUUUACGAAAUUCGUUUUGGGUCGAUAUCAUUGAAGGUAUUUGCUGCAUUGGUUUCAACAUAUGGAACAAUUUUUACGGAUGCUGAAUAUACAGAUAUUAUUCAAAUAAUCGCAGGCAAUGAAAUUCAAGCGACAAAGUUCAACAAAAUUCGUGUCAAACGCUUUAAAUUAGAUCCAUGGUCCAUGGAAGAAUGCACAUAUGUUCCAAUGGAAAUAACUAUAGUUGAAGUAUCCAAUUCCGAGGACCUCAAAGAUGAAGUCGUGAAAUACGAUGGAGAAGCCACAUUGAAGAGUUCAGGUCAAACAAUCGUUAUUUUGCCCAAUGCGAUUUUCAUUAAACCAGGAUUUAUAUACGAAAUUCGAUUGAAGCUAAAUCCUCCAAAAAACUGUGCCACAG